AUGCCCCUCGUCGAGCCACUCAGCGCCGUCAGCAACGCCUUGCGCACAGCAGGUAUUGUUCCUGACGUCCUCCCCGAGUCUUUCACGCCCUCUGGGCUCGUCGGCGUCGCACUCCACGGUACUUCCGUCGAGCUUAAGCUUGGCGAGGAGGUCCCACUUGCACAUACGACUGGGCAGCCGCAAUUAUCCGUCGUCGCCGCACCUUCCGAGGCCAUCACCGCAGACGGCCUCUCGCAACACAGUUUCACCUACACAGUCGCAAUGCUUGACCCGGACGCCCCCAGCGCAGCGCAGCCCACAAGCAGGCACUUCCGGCACUGGGUGGUGUGUUUUUCGUUGUUCACCCCAUUGAUAGCUACCUAUGAAUGCACAGAUAACUGGGCUUGUGCCUUCACCGGAAGCUGGGGCGCCAGCGACAGCGAGCACCCACAUCAGUAA